CCGAGCUGGAGAGAAGUUAUGACGUCAGGCCCUGUCGAACUCCUCUUCAACCACACCACCGAGCGCAUUAAUGGCUCUAUCAGCACCGGCCUCUCCACAUGAAAAAUGAGUCGCGAAAUCAGUCCUCCUCCCGCGAAACGACGCAAAAUCUCCGCUCAUCCUAGCCCCGCUCAAGCGCAACCGCUGCGUCCUUCGACCCCGCCUCUGCGGAUAGAGGAUCCGCAUACAAUGCGCGUCUUCUCAUGGAAUAUCAACGGCAUCGCACCAUUCCUACAAAAGCCAAUAACUACAUUCUUUCAACCUUCGAGAUCUGUGAAAGCGCCAGACAGUAAAGCAGUGAUUCCGCCAGCUUCCUUGCGUGGAUUCCUACAGCGUCAUGGGUGGCCGGCUGUUCUCUUUUUACAGGAAACCAAGAUCGCUUCUGCAGAUACGAAGACACAAGAUGCUGUUGAAAGCGCGGUGAAUAUGCGUUUACCAGAGGAAACGUCGUCAGCGGCGAGAGGACCGAUGUAUGAGACGCACUUUACCCUGCCGAACGACCCGCAUAACGCACGAGGACUGCGUGGAAGCGGGAAAGUAUACGGCGUGUGCAGUAUCAUCCGGUCCGAUCUAUUCUCAACUUAUAAAGCACAUGUCCGGACUGUGGAUUGGGAUCGAGAAGGUCGUGUCUCCGUCGUUGAAUUCCAAAGUACAAAUAAGAAGCUCGCGCUCUUCAACAUAUACGCGGUCAACGGGACCAAUAACCCCUAUCGCGAUCCAUCGACCGGCGCUGUUCGCGGGACAAGGCAUGAUCGCAAACUCGAAUUUCAUCGCCUACUCAUGGAAGAAUGCUUGAAGCUUGAAGACGAAGGCUGGGACAUCCUUCUCGCAGGCGACAUGAACGUAGCGCCCGACACACGAGACGGAUAUCCACGGCUCCGCACCUUCCCUCAGCAGCACGUUCUCAAUCGAGCAGACUUCAAGAGCAAGUUCCUAGGCGAGAAGAAACAGACCUCAGGAAGGGUGUUCGAUGGCGUGGAUAUCUGGAGAGUAACGCAUGGCAAUGAGAGAAGGUAUACAUACUACCCGCGGAGCAGGGAAUGGGGAUCCAGCUGCGAUAGGGUAGAUUAUGUUAUCGUAGGAAAGAGGACUUGGGAGGAUGGGCUGGUGACGGUUUGUGGGAUUUUGGACAGUGAAGCGGAGAGAGGACCAAGCGAUCACGUCCCGAUAUGGGUCGAUAUUCAUCUAAGGAAAGAGGAGAAAAUGCAGAGACCAGAUUGAUUUCGUCAAGACAAGCCCGGCUCUUGCGGUAGGGAAUCCGGAUCGAAGGGCUCGCCGUCCAAGUAGGUAAGAUUGGCUCAGCGAAAUAAAGUCCUAUUGUACGCACCCGCGGGGGCCUCUAGGGUAGCUGUUACUCACGCCGUUAUAUCCGGAGAAUUCCACACCGUGAGAGCCCGGUCUUCCAGUACGACAGAUCUGUACUCCACUCAUGACCUUCCUUUAUAUCGAUCUUAGUCUCGC